GCGCUGCCCGUGCAGGCAUGGACCUGGGCUUUCUUCCCAUCGUCCUCCCGCCCGGGCUGUGCCACGGGACUCCGCCGUCCUCCUACCCUCGGCGGGGGCUCGACGCCUUCCCAGCGCUGAGCCCCGCGGCCGGCUACGCACAUCCUCCGUCGGCUGCUUGCCUGGGGGCGGCGGGGUACGCGGCCGGCCCGGCCCCCGAUUGCGAGCAGCCCCGCGCGCCCACGUGUCAGGGAGAGGCUCCACCGCGUCCCGCCGCGUCCCUCUGCCCCGGGAGGGGCCGUCCGACGUCGCCGGAGCCCGAGCGGCCCUGCUCCUGCUGUCCGGUACCAGAGGCGGCCCCGGCGGAGCCCCGCGCCUUCGAGUGGAUGCGGAUGAAGCGGAGCACGCCCGGUAGAAGCGGCGCGGCGCCCCCCGCCUACUCCCUGCGCACCAGCUUCAGCACCCGGCAGCUAACGGAGCUGGAGAAAGAGUUUCACUUCAGCCGCUACCUGUCGCGGGCCCGGCGCCUCGAGGUGGCCCGCUCGCUGCGCCUCCGCGACGCCCAGGUGAAGGUGUGGUUCCAGAACCGCCGCAUGAAGCAGAAGAAGCGCGAGCGGGAGGCGCUGCCCGGCCCUACCGCAGCGCCCCGGGCAGCCCCGGGCGGCACCGCCUGAGCCCGCCGCCACGGCGCGCGGCGGGGAUGCUGCGGGCGGCUCCGCGCUCCUCUUCGUACCGCCGCUGCUUUACUCCGGUUUUAUUGAUGA